UUUGCCAAGUCCAAGCAAGAAUGUUGUAGAUGAGGUCAUGAUGAAGCCUCUUUGUGUUUGCUCAACGGUUUCCUCUCCAUACCUCUUCACUGUUACCUCCUAAGUGGAUCAGGACAAAACUGAAGUGAAAUUAUGGAUAUCUGAUUAUUCUAGGUCCUUAAUAUGAAGGUUAAGCGCUGGAAUCACACGUUAGGCUGAAGUGAGCGUCGACCUGCCCAAAGCGAAAUCACCGAAUUUAUGCUUGGAAUGUAGAGCUAUCGUGUAAAAUGACUGCUUGCUGUUACACGACCGUCGCCUGCUUAAUUUCCCUGAGCCUGCUGGCUAGUAUAACAGCUGACCCAGACGCCUGCUUCUUUGUGGACCUCGUCUCCCGCUGCAGGACAACUGUGAAACAAUAUAAUGUCACCAUAACAUCCACUAUCAACAAGUGUCACCAGCCAAUAGAUGUCACUGUAGAGCUACAGAAUGACCAGCCACCUUUCACAUGGAAGCACACGUUUGCCAAUGAUGGGGAGACACAGCGGAUUGGUAACUACACAGAGGAGACGUACAUGCAGUUUCAGAUUGACAGAUAUUUCUGGCAGGACAAACCAGAGCUUAGGAUGGCUGCCUGGAUUAUAAUGUCUAAAGAAGGAGUGAACAGGUUUCUGAAGACCUCCACUAUGGUUAGCACAGAAGACUGUCACGGUGGCACCACCAACCCUGUAGCUGCGGCCCUCGCUGGGAUAUUUGUAACUGUCACCGUCAUCAGCCUCGGUGUUGCUGUGGGCUUUGUUUGCUACAAAAGACGCAAACAUUCCAAACGUCGCGAGCAGUUAAUCUUAAACAUGGAGGCCCCAGCAGUAGCUGAACCAUUCGCAGACGCAGGUCAAUCCUCUGCCAACAGAAGACAUCAUCAGGACAAAAAAGAUGCUCCACAAGUGCCAGGUGGAUCAAGUGAUAAAAUUAAAGAAAAAGUUUCAGUGGCACAGAAAACAACUGUAGAUGGGGCUGUGAGCUCUACUGCACUUCAGCCAAGAGAAGCUGAUGUCAAGUUUCAGAGCGAGUCUGUCCAAGACAGUAUCAAUGCCAAACUGCCCUCUGGUGGCCAGGGGCCCCUUGAUUUAGAAGGGGCUGUGGGUUAUAGCUUAAACCCUUCACACUCAGGAAAGGUUCCUUUCACUCCUUUUGAUACAGGGGGUGGUUCCCGAAAACAAAAACACAGGAGUAAACAAUCUCACAGGGGAGAUGGACUUUAUGGAGGAGACAUCUAUUCGUGCCAAUAUGGCAGUCAGUUAAGAAACUCAGGAGGUUUGGAUAAUAACCAAUUUGAUCACUCAGUCCAUUCUGGAAGAGGGCGAAGAGGAAAAAGAAAAAAAGGAGGACAAAGAUUCUCAAAUCCACCCAGACAAGGGGUGAGCAUUCAUCAAGAUGGCGGUGAAAAAUUUGCAGAAGAACUUUCUGUGCGCCUCUCAAGUCUUCAGAAUGAAGAGUUCAAAAGCAGACAAACAAAUGGCUUAUACCCUGGCCCAGAGGAGCCUGGGUCUCUCGAGGACCACCCAUCUUUGGGAGAUGAUCAUAUACUUAUUGCCUCUUUGCACAGGGACCCUGCAGGGCUAGCUGUCUCAGACAGCACACGGCAGGCUGCAGACACGACCAAUGGGGCACGGACAGACAGGGCCGCCUCAGGCCACUCUUUCAGUUAUCUGGAACCAGCUGAGGUGGCUCCUUCUAGUGUGACAGUCAUGGAUAACCCCAAUGGGUAUGGCGGUGCUAAACCAAAGAGAAAAUUACCUCAAAUGCAGCCAGUUGUCUGAUUUACAACCUUACCUGAAUAUUUUAGAGGGUGUGAAAUAUGGAUGAGAACUGAGAGUUAUAAAUCAUCUUGGCUUAAAUGAAUUUAAAAAUCCACAUACCAAGAGGAGGGCCUUAUUCUGGGAGAAAAUUUAUAAAGCUGGCAUAUUUUGAAACAAGUUUUGUGCCAGAGGAGAUCUAAGUUGUGACUUAGAUAUUCAUGCAUUUCAUAUAGCAAUUAUUUGAUCUCUCACUCAAGGUUUUCUUAUCUCUGUGUUGCUUCAUGUUAUUCAGUAUACUGAUUACCAAAGUGUCCAGUUGUCUUUCAGUAUUUUUCAUGUUAGUUUAAUGGUACAGGGAUUUAUACCUUAGUUGCUGCGAUAAACUAGUUUCUAAAGUUUUUAUACCUCCUCAUUGCCCUAACCCUUAGUGAGGAUACACAUAGUGAGAGGGCUGAAACACAGGUAAAGCCAACAAAUAAAUGUCAAGUAUCAGCUUCUGUAUGAGGCACAUGUUAAGAAGACCAGUAUGGUUUCUCAGGUCAGUCCUGUUGAUGACAGCCAGGGUUGUGUCAGUGUGACAGGUGUGACAGUCUGAUAGAAACCUUAGUCCAUUCCCCAUUACUUUGUACUGGUGGCAUUCGUCCAUAUACUUGCUCCGAUACUCCACUGCUUAACCCGACCUAUACUUAUUAUAUUGUACUCAAGACUUUCAUUCCUAGGAAUUCUAUUCCUAGGCCUGCCAUUCCUGUCACACCAACUCUGCAUCAUGUGUUACUGGUAGAACAGCUGAUGCAGUGUCCUAGCUGCUUUGUUAGAUAUUGUUUAAGGUUAACGUCUGAUUAUUUUAUCUUUUUGUAUACCUGAGCUACAAUAGACAGCUGUUUGAUUUUCCUAGAUCUGUUAAAAUGGUAGAUAUUUACUGAUAUAAUCUGUUGCAGGUUUUUUUAAUAACAUGGAAAAGUUGCAACAAGUCCUAUGGGGCAGUAUGAUGUGCUGGAUUCAAAGGUUUCCAUCAGGGUGUGGUACACAUUGAGAGGCCCGAACUUGUGGUUAAGUUUCAGUUUUUAUUUUUUAUUUGUUUUAUUAUUUAUUAUUAUUUAUUAUUAUUUAUAAUCAUUAUCAUUUUACAAAAUCUCUUUGCCACCUGCUAUUUGAUAAGUUAAAUUAGCCGUGUAGAAUGCUGGAGCUCUUUGUAGGCAACUUCUGGCCAGUUUAUCAAGUGGACAAUCUCUCAAAAUCGACCGGUGUAACGUGACAGAGUCCCCCAUGACCGGGAGUCCGCUUUCCAUUCAUUUCUACAGGUAUUAAAGCCUCGCUCUAGAUUUUGACCCGCUUAGGUCAGGCUAACCCUAACCAUCAUAACUAAAUGGAGGGUGGACCUCCUGUUACACGGAUCCUCAGUUACGUUACACCUGUCCAGUGAAGUGUAACCCUCACUAGAGGGGCUAAGAAGUCGAGUGUCUCAACGUUUGCCCAAGGUGUGUCAUUAAGUCGUGUUGAUAGUCGUGUUCGGUCUUGAAAUUAAUAAAAUACAUUGAAAACGCAUCUAUAAGGAUCAGUUAUGAUAGGUAAAAAGAGUCGGAGCUUGCGGAGCUUACCUGUCAUACAAUGUAGUUCUAAUGCGUUGUCAGUGUAUUUUAUUUAUUUCUUUUACAAGAUCAAUGCGGUGUUAAUGAUGAAUCCCCAAAGAUUCCCUAAAGUGAACAUGUUUCGAUUUGGUCGUAUUCAACCAUUCUGCCGAGAUCGUCCCCAAGUUAGAUCGUACAAGCCGGGCUGGGAACACGACACGAGAGGGAGGUCGGUAAAUUACCGAAGAUCUGACUUUUUUUUUUUUUUUUGUAUUAGAGCAAUUUUUCUUUCUAUUUAUUUAUUUUCUCGCGAUAGUACUUUGUAGAAAUAAUGUUUUCAGAACUUAUUGUUCUGAAGACUUGGCGCCUUUGAAUUAUGUAACUAUACAAGACCAUAUGCAUUUACGUGAGAACAGUUAUUUUUAUGUUUAAAAUGUAAAAUCUCAUCCUGUGUUUUGUGCAGGUAAAAAUAUUUAAGAACUACUCUCUUUUCAAGUGAGAUGUUUUUCAUAUUAUUUUAAACUUGAAAAGUUGUCUUUCUGUUUGGAUGAUUCUAAAUCGCGCGCUUUCAUUCAAGUAUAAUGUAAUUUGAAUAUAAUAUAUUUGAAUAAAACAGUUACUGAUUUUUCAA